CGAUGAGUUCGAUCAGACUCCACGAUGCACAGCGCAUGCAACAACGACCAUCCAACCUCUUCAAGGCGAACCCCGUUUCCUCGCACGGCUAUAUAUCCACUCCAUCAGAAGUCCCUUUGCUUAAGAAAAAAAAGGGUGUACAUCACCCGCACCAGCUCGAUCGGCAAAGUACCGAUCGAUCAGGUUCUACCUAGCUAGCUCAUCCGUCAAUGCCGUCCUUCAUCGACGGCCCCAGUCUCCGGUCGCUGCUCCGGCCGUCCACCAACGGGCGGCGGACGAAGAUCUCGGACAGCGCCGGCGGCGGAAGGGGAUCAGGCCAUGGAGGAGGGAUCUUCAAGAUGUUCAAGCUGAUGCCGAUGCUGUCGUCCGGGUGCAAGAUGGUGGCGCUGCUGGGCCGGCACAACACCGCCAGGGCGCUCCUGGCGGACCACGCCACGACGGUGACCCUGUUCGGGCACCGCAGGGGCCGCGUGAGCCUGGCCAUCCACGAGGACACGCGCGCGCCGCCCGUGUUCCUCAUCGAGCUGCCAAUGCUGACGAGCGCGCUGCACAGGGAGAUCGCGUCCGGGACGGUGAAGCUGGCGCUGGAGAGCGACACCCGCAGCGCCCGCCGCAGGCUCGUGGAGGAGUACGUGUGGGCCGUCUUCUGCAACGGCCGCAAGGCGGGGUACGCCAUCCGACGGAAGGAGGCCUCAGACGACGAGCGGCACGUCAUGCGCCUGCUCCGCGGCGUGUCCAUGGGCGCCGGCGUGCUGCCGGCAUACGCGCCCGGGCCAGGCGACAAGGAGGCUGGCGGCGUGGGCGAGGGCGCGCCCGUGGCGGCGGGGCCGGACGGGGAGCUCACGUACGUCCGCGCGCGCGUCGAGCGCGUCGUCGGGUCCAAGGACUCCGAGGCGUUCUACAUGAUCAACCCCAAUGAGGGAGGCGUCGGCGGGGCCGACGGUGGCGCCGCCGGCGACGGUGACGCGCCGGAGCUGAGCAUUUUCCUAGUAAGGAUGAAAUAAACAGAGUAAUCAAAGGCUGAUACUCCGUACUUCAUCUUUGUAUACCAUUUUUCCUUCCCCCUUUUUGGAUACCCUCUUGUGUGCAGAUCAGCUGUUCGACGAAAUUGGAACAUAGAGCUGAGUACGUAUAAUUGUAUAGUUUAGAAAGUUGAAAUGUAUAUAUCCAUGUUAACUAGACACUUAAUUUUGUAUGUCUUCAUGCAUGGUGAAUUGAUGAUGGAAUCUAUAUUUUCGCUGCAACUUUUUGUAUGUUAA